UGCUGCUCGGAGUUUCAAGUGGAUCAAGUCUCCCGUCGCCGGUCAUCCUUUUCCCUCCCAUUGUCUGCCAUGCCUGGUUUAGUUUCAGUGAAAACGCCGCCACGAAUCACCAUUCCCGAAGACAACAACAGCCACCCGAUCCGACCAACUCCUGACCGUUCUGACUCGAUUAACACCAAAACAACCUCACCGGCACAACGGAGGCCUCCGUCGCCGUCUCCUUCAUCCUCACGUGCGAAGCCAUCGCCAGAUCGGGGAUCCGGGAAGAAGAAAUCCCCAGAGAAACAGUCUUUGCUUGAUGAGUCAUCGCUGGACAAUCCCGAUCUAGGCCCCUUCCUGCUCAAGCUCGCGCGCGACACGAUCGCGUCCGGAGAUGGGCCGAGCAAGGCUCUGGAUUAUGCGCUCCGCGCAUCAAAGUCGUUUGAGCGCUGUGCCGUUGAAGGUGAACCGAGCCUUGAUCUGGCUAUGUGUUUGCAUGUUGUUGCGGCUAUUUACUGCAGCUUGGGGAGGUUCGAAGAGGCGAUUCCGGUGUUAGACAGAGCAAUUAAGGUUCCUGAGGUUUCGAGAGGUGCAGAUCAUGCUCUAGCUGCAUUUUCGGGGUAUAUGCAGCUAGGUGAUACGCAUUCGAUGCUGGGGCAGCUUGAUCGCUCCAUCGAGUGUUACAAGGAAGGGUUAAAGAUUCAGAUGGAGGCGUUAGGGGAUACGGAUCCGAGAGUUGCUGAGACUUGCAGAUACUUAGCUGAGGCCCAUGUCCAAGCAAUGCAAUUUGAUGAAGCAGAUACCUUGUGCAAAAGAACCCUUGAAAUCCACAGGGUGCAUAGUCCACCCGCUUCUCUUGAAGAAGCAGCCGAUAGACGGUUAAUGGCCCUUAUAUGUGAGGCAAAAGGAGAUUUCGAAGCAGCCUUGGAACACCUUGUACUCGCCAGCAUGGCAAUGAUUGCCAAUGGACAAGAUAACGAAGUUGCUGCAAUCGAUCUCGGCAUAGGCAACAUUUACUUGUCACUCUCCCGUUUUGAUGAAGCCGUGUUCUCUUAUCAAAAGGCACUUACUGUGUUCAAAGCAUCAAAAGGUGACAACCACCCUUCAGUUGCCUCCGUUUUUGUACGUCUUGCUGACCUCUACUACAAGACUGGAAAGCUACGAGAAUCCAGAUCUUAUUGCGAAAACGCCCUGAGAAUAUACGCGAAACCCGUGCCUGGAACCACUCCAGAAGACAUUGCUAGUGGAAUGACAGAAAUUUCAGCAAUAUAUGAAUCUUUUAAUGAACCUGAGGAGGCAUUGAGGUUGUUACAGAAAUCAAUGAAACUAUUGGAGGACAAACCAGGGCAGCAGAGUACAAUUGCAGGAGUAGAAGCUAGAAUGGGUGUCAUGUUUUACAUGGUGGGAAGGUAUGAAGAAGCAAGAGGAUCUUUUCAAAAUGCUGUUGCCAAACUUAGGGCUAGUGGAGAACGAAAAUCAGCAUUCUUUGGGGUUGUUUUGAACCAGAUGGGUUUGGCUUGUGUACAACUGUUCAAGAUAGAUGAGGCUGCUGAGUUGUUUGAAGAAGCAAGGGAAAUCUUGGAACAUGAGUGUGGUCCUUGUCAUCAAGAUACCCUUGGAGUAUACAGCAAUCUUGCAGCAACAUAUGAUGCUUUGGGGAGAGUGGAAGAUGCAAUCGAGAUUUUGGAGUAUGUUCUAAAAUUAAGAGAAGAAAAGCUGGGAACAGCAAACCCAGAUUUUGACGACGAGAAGAAGAGGCUGGCAGAGCUCCUGAAAGAAGCAGGGAGGUCGCGAAACAAGAAAGCAAAAUCACUGGAGAACCUUAUUGAUCCCAACUCAAAGAGGACAAAGAAAGAAACUUCAUCGAAGAAAUGGUCUGCCUUUGGUUUUAGAAGUUGAUAAGAGAAAAAGAAAAAGAAAAAGAAAUCGUGUUUUCUUUAAUAUAUUCUCUCUCUAAUUACCACUAUUUACUACCCCCCUCAAGCAUGCAAUAUCCCGUAUAGAAGAUGGUGUUAUGUGUAUAGUGUUUCUUCUGAUUCUCCCAUCAUUUGAUUGACACCCUUUUUUCUUCUUAUUGUUCUUGGGCUUUGAGUUUGCUUUCUAAAUUUGUUGUAUCGAAUGGAGUAUAUUUUAUUUGUGAUUUAUGAUGUUUCUGCCUCUA